AUGAGCACCUACCUUAUCACGCAAGCUACUGGCCGACAGAGCCAAUGGACCAUCAGACACCUACUUGCGGCAGGUGCCAGUGUCCAUGCUGUGGUUCGAAACCACGAAAAGCUUCCAGCGAUUUUGAACGAGGCCAACGUCACGGUGUUCAAAGGAGAAAGCACCGAUUCUGAAGCCGUUUUCAAAGCUGCGCAAGGUUGCACAGGCGCUUUCCUGAAUACGUUCCCCUAUCCUCCAGGGCUUGAGGCGCAACAAGCUACAAGUGUUGUCGAAGCGUGCAAGAAGGCGGGCGUGGAAACCAUUGUCGCAUCGACAACUUUCAAUACUGGGGACAAGGCCCUAUGGGACAACACUGUCACCAAAGAGAUUGGCUUGCACGGUUAUUACCAGUCUAAAGCCUUAGUCGAGGAUAUUGUUCGCGAGGCUGGGUUUCAGGCUUACACUAUCCUUCGACCGUCAUUCAUUCACUUUGACUACCUACUGCCGAGUGUGCAUAUGAACUAUCCUACGCUUCCAGUGGAUGGAAUAUUGCUUCAUUCGCUGAAUGAUGGAGUUGUGAUUGCUCACACGGAUGCAUGUGAUAUCGGGAAGUACGCAGCAGCGGCGCUACAGGAUCCUAAGAAAUUUGGUGGAGAGGAGAUCGACCUCGCUAACGAAUUCCUGACCCCUGUGGAGGCGGGAGAGAUUUUGAAGAAAGUCAGCGGUAAGGAUAUUAAAGCGAGGAAGCGGACCGAGCUAGAAAUGGAAGAGGCGAGUAAAACUGUUGGAUUGCACAAAUUUCAUGCUUGGAUCAAUACUCGAGACCUCAAGCAUGGUCCAGAGCGCACAAAAGCAGUCCAGGCUAAAUUCGGCAUCCCCUUCAACUCCCUGGAGUCAGCUUUGCAGAGGGAGAAAGUUGCUCUGUUGGAGUGCUUGGCCAAUGUGAAGCAGGCUUGA